AAUGAAGAAGUUAUUUCUGGUUCUUUUCUCUUUGGCUUUGGUACUUAGGCUUGGGGAGAGUUUCGAUUUCCACGAGAAGGAGUUGGAAACUGAGGAAAAAUUGUGGGAGUUGUAUGAGAGAUGGAGAAGCCAUCACACUGUAUCGAGGAGCCUUGAUGAGAAAGACAAGAGGUUCAAUGUGUUCAAGGCUAAUGUACACUAUGUUCACAACUUCAACAAGAAGGAUAAGCCUUAUAAGUUGAAAUUGAACAAGUUUGCAGACAUGACUAACCAUGAAUUCAGACACCAUUAUGCUGGUUCCAAGAUUAAGCAUCAUCGUUCUUUUCUUGGAGCUUCACGAGCAAAUGGAACUUUCAUGUACGCCAAUGUGGAAGAUGUCCCUCCCUCUGUUGACUGGAGGAAGAAGGGUGCUGUUACUCCUGUCAAAGACCAAGGCAAAUGUGGAAGUUGCUGGGCAUUUUCAACUGUCGUUGCAGUAGAGGGGAUAAACCAAAUCAAAACAAAUGAGUUAGUAUCUUUAUCAGAACAAGAACUUGUUGACUGUGACACUAGUCAAAACCAAGGAUGCAAUGGAGGGUUGAUGGACAUGGCAUUUGAAUUCAUCAAGAAGAAGGGAGGCAUCAAUACUGAAGAGAACUAUCCAUACAUGGCUGAAGGUGGCGAGUGUGAUAUUCAAAAGAGGAAUUCUCCUGUGGUAUCAAUUGACGGAUAUGAGGAUGUUCCUCCUAAUGAUGAGGAUUCCCUACUUAAAGCAGUAGCCAACCAGCCUGUUUCUGUAGCUAUACAAGCUUCAGGUUCUGACUUCCAGUUCUACUCUGAGGGUGUAUUCACCGGAGACUGUGGUACUGAGUUGGACCAUGGUGUGGCAAUUGUGGGCUAUGGCACAACCCUUGAUGGAACCAAAUACUGGAUUGUGAGGAACUCGUGGGGACCUGAAUGGGGAGAAAAAGGAUACAUUAGGAUGCAACGCGAGAUUGAUGCUGAAGAGGGAUUGUGUGGUAUAGCAAUGCAACCAUCCUACCCCAUCAAGACUUCAUCAAGCAACCCCACAGGGUCUCCUGCAACAGCACCUAAGGAUGAACUCUAAGUUACAUAUUAUCCACUCAGCCUCAUUUAGUGUCUGUUUUAGUUUCUGUGCAAGUAAUAGGCAACUACCCAUAAGAAUGUGUAACAUAAGAUGCAUUUAGUUUCAUGGUGUCGCAUUAUAAUGUUCUGUAAACUGCAUUGGAAUAUGAUUCAGUGAAACAUUUCCUUUCCUGCAAUAUGCGUUCUUCAAAAUAAACAGUUUGGUAUGUGGACAAUUGGGCAUGUACUUGUUUAA